AACAUUUCAGUGACAUAUCAGUGACGGAUCCGAAAGUCACGAUCAAAUCCUUCACCUCCUCACUCGACCUCACCAAGGAAGACAUUGUCACUUCCAAAAUGGUCGUCGGAUGUCCGAAGGGAUAUCAAAUGAGAGUGGAUUACGCGUGGACCUACCAAACAUACGAGCAGCCAAAUGGGAACACUUUAAUAGAAGUUAACUGUUCCCAGCUAUAUGCGUUAGAUGACAAACAGAUCUGCUUCCAAGGAUGCCCGUUACCUAAGCUGGACAACGCAGUGGUGUCUCCCUUACCGUUCCGUUCCAAAGCUGGAGCUCCAUAUAACGAGGGAGAAAUAGUUCAGGUGAGAUGUGGUGAGGACACGAUAGUCUCCUCGUGUAGACAGAGUUUGUGGACGAACCUGAGCGAGUACAGCUGUCCUAAGAGCAACACCAGCAGCAGAUCCUUGAGUCUGGUGAUAGACACCACCACCAAUAUGGGAGAGGAAAUAACACAGGUGUACGAUAUAGCUGUAGGUCUGGUGGAAACUGUAACUAAAUCUGAAGAGGAGAGACCGGUGAACUACGUGCUGGUUCCCUUCAACGAUCCUGACUUCUAUCCCAUGUUGGUGACCUUCAACGGAACCAUCCUCCUCAGACAUCUGGGUAUCAUUAACUCUCAUGGCGCCAGCGGGGGCAAGGACUGUCCAGAGUUGACGUUAGCAGCAAUCCAGCGAGCAAUACACGAGAGCUACUCCGGUUCAGAGAUAUUCGUCUUCACUGACGCCAGCAGCAAGGAGCCGGAACGGAAGGACGCGAUUAUCGAGGAAGCAACUCAAAAGCGGAUAAAAGUUAACUUUAUUCUGACGGGCCAUUGUGGGGAAAACCAAAUGGUGGACCAGGCUAUGUACGCUGAGAUCGCAGACGCAACCAAUGGAUUUAUGGUGUCAGUGGCAAAGGCCCAGGUCCGGGAAAUAUCCAGUCUUAUGGAGGGAGCCUUGAUGAGGAAUCAAGAUGUAGUCCACCAAGUUAUACACGUUGAUGAUGACGACGAGUAUAACGUAGUUCAGAUCCCAUGUGAUAAGCGAGUACACCGGAUGAUAGUGAGCGUAUCUUGUAGCAGUGUGAGGAUCGUAUCAGUAUCUGACGAUAAGAAUAACGAUAUCAGAUACCAGCAUGUAUCCACCUUGCGGGAUAUGAUGACCAUCAGCUUGCAGCCUUCUAUUGCUGAGUACGUUAACGUUAACAUAUCGUGCAGCGAGAGGGGGAGUGCUGUUGUAACCGCUAACACUGUUACUGAUAUCUCCUUCUCUUAUAAUUUCUUCCUGCACGAGGUUGACGACACGUUAGAACUAACAGAGACCCUAGACUCGGGCAGCAGAGCAGUGGUGUACGUAGUGUUCGGAGCAGCAGUGUAUGAUGUAGUAGUCAGCACAGUCAUCUCAAAUCAACCUGGCGAACCUGUUGCUAUGAAGAAGUACCUGGGAGGGUACAUGGCAGAGUUGGAGGUACCGGACUUCAUUUUCCAUCUGCAGUUCCAGGCCAAGUACUCGGGACAAAUCAUUCAGAGGCUCUCGGCUCCUGUCGUUCCCAGAAUAGGUUGUCAGUCCCUGUCUACAACUACAGCACUUCCCAGUACCCUCCUCACUAAGGAUCGGACAGUGGUCAGCUUCACGUGCAAUAACGUGUGCGCGGCUCUCUCACACACAAACGACCUUGUCUGUAACUAUGGAAACUGGACAAAGGAACCACCUCACUGCUCUGACGCUGGUUACACCUGUGCUGAGCUACCUGGACCUGGAAAUGGAACUCUUCUCUACAAGAACCAGGUUGUCUACUCUGUUGCUGGAGCAAAGUGCGGUGAAUCUGUUGAGGUUCAUUGCAACACGUAUUUUGAGCUGGACGGUGAGACUGAAGCCAACUGUACACCCUACGGCUGGAGUAACAAGAAAAACGUCUGUAUACGUAAGUACCUAGAUGAGAACGAGGUUACGAGAGUAUUGAGUGAGUGGUGGAUGUGGGUUGUGAUCAGCGUUACAGCUGUUGUCACUCUGUCCGUACUCAGCACUGUUAUCUGUAUUCUCGUCAUCAGGCGAGGCAAGAGGAAGAGACCGCUGAGGUUAGAGUACGAGACCGGUCGAGGGAAUGUCAGACUUCCUUCGGAAAGGGACGCUCUAAACUUAGAUGAGGAUCUGUACGAGGUAGUGGACAGUAACGGAAACUAUCCGAACAGCUGUCAGUACAGUACAGGGUGUCAGCCCCUGUGUCCCACUGACUCCAUGAUCAGGAACAGGCCCCCGAUGCCACCUCCACUCCACAGUAACUCCUACGGUAACCUCCCCAACAACAUGUCCUCAAAUCCCCUGUACAGUUGCAGCAGAGCUGGCAACACUAACGUCAACGGAGGAGGUAACGACUAUAUGCCAAUGUCUGGCGACAUCAGAUCCAACAGUAUGAUAUACGAGGAAAUGGCAGCCCAAACUCUGACUCAGCCCGCCAACGUAGAGGACUACAACGCAUACGACUAUGCCAUCGGUCACGUGUGAGAACGUGCGCUACAAUGGCAACGCAUGACGUCAUAAAUAUGGUGACGUCACGUGAGUUAAUCGCCCUAUGCAACUGAAGUAUUGAUGGAAAGAUAUCA